AUGGCGAUGUUCCGCGAUACCGAUUGCGCGGAUAUCGCUAUCUUAGAAAUAUUACUGGAGUUUGUCGAUGUUAAUCAUGUCGAUGACAACGCUCAUACACCACUUUAUCUCAUGAGUAAACGUCUCAAUCGGAUCAAUGCUGUUCGACAUCUAAUCAGUGUGGUCGGUAAGAAAGGAAAUUCUUCACUUCAUGAGACAAUGCAUGGUAGACUCGCCCAGAGGGUGUUUGAGGACGGAGACGUCGAACCCAUUGGCCCUGACAAGCUGAAAUCAAUGCGGGUGGACAUGAUCCAGGUCUUGGUGGAUGCUGGUGCCUCAAUGGACCUUUCAAAUGAAUCUGGGUAG